AUGGCGCGUGCGCUGCUCCUCUCCCUGCUGCUCGCGGCCUCGGCCCUGGCCUCGCCGCUCCAGCGAGGGCUCAUCUUCAACCUGGAGACGGGGGAGCUCUGCGUGCAGAGCGCCCAGUGCAAGAGCGGCUGCUGCCAGCGGAGCGACGGGCUGAGCCUGGCCCGCUGCUCGCCCAAGGCGGCCGAGGCGCAGGAGUGCUCCCCCAAGAGCAUCUACGGCGUCUACUACAAGUGUCCCUGCGAGAGCGGCCUGACCUGCGAAGCCGACAAGAGCCUCGUGGGCGCCAUCACCAACACCGACUUCGGCCUCUGCGAGGACCCCCGGGGCCGGGCCGGGCCGCGGCGGCGCUGA